AUGAACAAGGAAGAUGUGGCGAAGUUCCUGGACGCUAAUCCUGCAUUCACCAAGCAGUACUUCGAGAAGAAACUGCGCCCAGAAGUCAUCGCUCAGAUCCUGCCUAAGAUGAGCUCUACUACUGAUAUCACAACGUUCAAGGAAAUAAGCCAAGUGGAAGAGGCAGAAAUUCUCUUCGAUCUUAUCCGGGAUAUGCAGGAGAGCAUAAACAUGGAAAAGGUGGUGUUCAAAACUUUAAGGAGGGUCAGUUCUCUGAUCCACGCCGAUCGAAUGAGUCUCUUCAUGUACCGGCAAAGGAACGGCAUUGGGGAACUAGCCACAAGGCUGUUCAACAUCCACAAGGACGCUGAGAUGGAAGAUUGUUUCGUUCAUCCAGAGCAUGAGAUUGUCUUUCCUCUGGACAUGGGCAUUGUAGGGAAUGUUGCCCAGACCAAGAAAACUGUAAACAUCCCUAAUGUGGCUGAGUCCAGCUUUUACAGCAGGUUUGUGGAUGAACUGACAGAAUAUGAGACAAAGAGUGUACUUGCGACCCCUAUAAUGAAUGGCAAGGACGUCGUUGCUGUGAUAAUGGCAACCAAUAAAAUAGAUGGAUCUCAUUUCACUGAAGAUGAUGAAGAUCUAUUCUUGAAAUACCUCAACUUUGCCAGUUUGAACCUAAAGAUCUAUCAUCUGAGUUACCUUCACAACUGUGAAACCAGAAGAGGCCAGGUUCUUCUAUGGUCAGCUAACAAAGUAUUUGAGGAGCUGACAGAUAUUGAGCGACAGUUUCACAAGGCUCUCUACACAGUGAGAGCCUACCUGAACUGUGAGAGAUACUCAGUUGCACUGCUGGACAUGACCAAGAAGAAGGAGUUCUUUGACCUAUGGCCUGAACAGAUGGGUGAAGUUCCUCCCUACCAAGGUCCCAGAACACCAGAUGGCAGAGAAAUAAUCUUUCACAAAAUCAUUGAUUACAUUCUACAUGGGAAGGAGGAGAUUAAGGUCAUUCCGACGCCUCCUGCUGAUCACUGGGCCUUGGUUAGUGGACUGCCAACUUACGUUGCAGAAACUGGCUUAAUCUGCAAUAUCAUGAAUGCAGCAGCUGAUGAUACAUUUACCUUCCAGACUGAACCUUUGGAUAGCUUUGGAUGGACCAUCAAAAAUGUCCUUUCAAUGCCAAUAGUGAACAAGAAGGAAGAGAUCGUUGGAAUCGCCACAUUUUACAACAGGAAAGACGGUAAACCUUUUGAUGAAAUGGAUGAAGUUCUUAUGGAAUCCUUGACCCAGUUCCUAGGCUGGUCUGUUCUCAACACGGACACAUACGAUAAAAUGAACAAGCUUGAACAUCGGAAAGAUAUUGCCCAAGGAAUGGUGCUGUAUCACGUGAAAUGCAGCAAGGAUGAAAUUCAGGACAUAUUGCCAACAAGGGAAUAUUUUGGAAAAGAACCCGAUGAAUGUGACGAGCAAGAAUUGCAAGAACUCCUGGACAAGCAACUUCCCGCACCAGAACAAUUUGACAUUUAUGAAUUCAGUUUUAGUGAUCUAGAACAUGCUGAGAUGGAUCUUGUGCGGUGUGGCAUUCAGAUGUACUACGAAUUAAAAGUUGUGAACAAAUUCCAUAUUCCACGCGAGGUGCUAGUCCGAUUUAUUUACUCAUUAAAUAAAGGAUAUCGUAGAAUUACCUACCACAAUUGGCGCCAUGGAUUUAAUGUUGGACAGACCAUGUUCACUCUUAUGAUGACUGGUAAGUUGAAACGGUAUUACACAGACUUGGAAACAAUGGCCAUGUUAACCGCAGGUCUUUGCCAUGAUAUCGAUCACAGGGGAACCAACAACUUGUACCAGCUUAAAUCCCAGCAUCCACUGGCAAAGCUUCACGGCUCUUCAAUUAUGGAGCGUCACCACCUGGAGUUUAGCAAGACUUUACUUGCUGAUGAGACAUUGAACAUAUUCCAGAACUUGAACAGGAGGCAGUAUGAACAUGUUCUACGCCUGAUGGACAUUGCUAUCAUUGCUACAGACUUGGCUCUCUACUUUAAAAAGAGAACAAUGUUUCAAAAAAUCGUCGACCUCUCCAAAACUUACGAGGAUGAAGGGUCAUGGGUGGAAUAUAUGUCUCUGGAGAACACCAAGAAAGAAAUUGUAAUGGCUAUGAUGAUGACAGCAUGUGACCUGUCGGCCAUUACCAAGCCCUGGGAGGUUCAGAGCAAGGUGGCUCUGUUAGUAGCAGCUGAAUUCUGGGAACAGGGAGACUUGGAACGGACUGUACUACAACAAAAUCCUAUUCCUAUGAUGGACAGGAAUAAAGCUGAUGAACUUCCCAAACUUCAAGUUGGUUUCAUCGACUUUGUGUGCACAUUUGUCUACAAGGAAUUCUCUCGCUUUCAUGAGGCUAUCACACCGAUGCUCAAUGGUCUGCUCAACAACAGAAAAGAAUGGAAAGUACUCGCUGAUGAACAUGAGACGAAAGUAAAAGCUUUGGAGGAAGCUAGACAAAAGAAAGCAGAAGAGUUAGAAGCAAAGAGAGCUGCCGCCGCUGCCGCAGAGAAGGCUCAGUCCAAAACCUGCUGUGUGUGUUAA